GUCUUGCUGACUGACUGACUGACUGACUGGGUAGGAGUGCCAGUCAGGAGAGGUUUUAUGACACUCACCAAAGAUCGAAGUCCACUUGUGGGCCUCAAACAACCAUCAGUCCACCGGGGCUGCUGGGCCUGCCUGUCAGCCUCUCUCUGGCUUGCCUGCAGUGUCCGUCUGGUCUCCUCUGCGACAAUGAAGAUCAGGCUAUACUAACCCACCGCCCAGAAUGGACCGACCUGGUUAUCAUCCUCAGCUGCCACAGCCUCUUCCUCACCACCCUGCUCAGGAGUUAAAAUCAGAGCCAUGUGGCAGACCAGAGUCAGAGGAGAGCUGUCCCAUCUGUGGAGACAAAGUGUCAGGAUACCACUAUGGACUGCUCACAUGUGAAAGCUGCAAGGGCUUCUUUAAACGCUCAGUGCAGAAUAACAAGCAGUACACCUGUGCAGAACAACAGAACUGCCCCAUGAACCUUUCCCAGAGGAAACGUUGUCCAUCCUGCCGCUUCCAGAAGUGUUUGGCGGUGGGCAUGAGAAGAGAAGCUGUAAGAGCAGAUCGUAUGAGAGGUGGCAGGAAUAAAUUUGGUCCUCUGUAUCGACGGGACAGGCAGAUGAAACAGCAAAGGGUGUAUCACCAGCCAAACACUGCUCCCUACAGGAUUAAGAUGGAAACUACACAAACACACCGGCUCACAGCUCCACAUGACCUUCACCUUAUGAGCAGUCAAACAAGUGCUUCAUUGUCCUCUGAAGCUUUUCAUCAGUCCCACAUGUAUCCCUCUAGCAUAGGACAGUUGGAAGCGCCCAUGCCUCUGGACUGCACCGUGAGCGCAGACAGGGUGCUCACUCCUCCAGCCUUGCCCUGCCCCGGACUGUACCACCACACAUUCCCUGGAUUUGUUCAGGAGAAAGGAGAUAUGGCUUUUAGCUGUAGCCCAGGCCCCACAAACUAUCCAAUGUACCCAACCCCAAACAAUUCAUUCACACCAAGAAGCACACCAGUAUCAUCCCCCUGCUCAACACCAAGCUCAACCACCCCUCUCUCUCAAGCUCUCAUCCAAACCCCAGAAACUCCCCCAGCAGCCACUCUUACAACCAACUUCCUAAGCCAACUCCUGGAGGGGGAGCAGGAUGAGAGCCAGUUGUGUGCUAAGGUCCUGGCCAGCCUGCAGAGAGAACAGGCCAACCGAGGCAAGCACGACCGCCUAAAUACAUUCAGCAUCAUGUGCAAAAUGGCUGACCAGACUCUGUUUGGGCUUGUAGAGUGGGCCAGGAACACUACACUCUUCAAGGAGCUCAAGGUGGAGGACCAGAUGGUGCUGCUGCAGAGCUGUUGGAGCGAGUUGCUGGUCCUCGACCACCUCUGUAGACAGGUGACCUACAGCAAAGACGGCUGCAUAUAUCUGGUCACAGGCCAACAGAUUGAGGUGUCAACCAUCAUCUCUCAAGCAGGAGUGACGCUGAGUAGCCUGGUAUCACGGACCCAAGACCUGGUAUCCAAACUAAAGGCACUCCAGUUAGACAGACAUGAGUUUGUUUGUCUCAAAUACUUGGUGCUAUUCAACCCUGAUGUGAAGUCUGUGCAGAGCCGCAGGCAGGUGGAGCAGACUCAAGAGAGGGUGAACAGGGCCCUGAUGGAGCACACCCAGCAGAGUCAUCCAGGAUACUCAGACAAGUUCGGUCAGCUGCUGCUCCGGCUGCCUGAGGUGCGCAGCAUUAGCUUGCAGGUUGAAGACUAUUUGUACCAGCGCCACCUUCUGGGAGAUCUGCCCUGCAACUCUCUGCUCACUGAGAUGCUUCACACCAAGCACAACUGAGAAGCUGUUGCUGUGAAUUUUUGCACCUCCUUUUCUACCUUUGAGAUCCAACUGUCCUUUUUACUUUUGACAAUUGUUGCCAACAGUAAAUCAUGCAUGCUCUCUCAAACAGCCCUUAUGGCUUCAGCCAAAUAAGUGAUAUGUCCAGCAUCAACAUUGAGGGGGAAUAUUUACAUAACCUAUGCCAUACUUUGCCCAAGUUCCCAUUAUCAACAGUAUUACCACAGCCAUGCAGCCUAGGAAAUGUUCUUUUUUCUGGUCAGUAUUGCUGUGACAUUUAAGAUCCAAGCACUACCAUGAUGUUUUUAGUAAGCAGGAUGAGCUCAACUGUUCAAAGAAAGAGAAAAAUGCAUCAUUGAAUAAAGAAAUGUGGUUUUGGA